ACAGACUUUGUUUAUCUUGCAGCUUGUUUGCUGAAAUGCUCUCCGACUAGUUAACCUACUUUCCCCCCCUCUGCGUUGUUAUUUUACUCUUCUCAGCCGUAGACGCCGAGAAGAGUGCGAACCCCCUUUUUAUUUCUCUCCUUGAUUCUGUAGCAUUUCCUCUCUUUUUUUGUAAUUUCAUUUCAUUAUUUUUUUUGUGUAUUUUUGCAGCAGAUACCGUGCAGCAAGAUAAAAAAAAGACUCAGGACUCCAGUUUUUUCCCCUCCAGCACGUGCCAUUUGUCAAAAGACACUACAUUUGUCCUGCAGACGUUUGGAUUGCUGCUUUUUUGGGGGGGAUUUCGUGCAGCUGAAGCUCGACAGGAGGAGCUCACCGUGAGGAUUUUUUAAUCGAGCAUUUGGAGAGCGCCAUGGCGACCGAAGUGGAUACGUGGUCCUCCGCUCCGAAAGCCGAAGGGGUGUUCUCUUUCGACGAGAACCUGGCAGAGGCUAACCAUCCCUACAGCGUCGACGAUGACUUGCUCAAUGAGGCGGAGGUGAACGGUAACUGGACGCCCCAAGAGAAAGCGCUCCACGAGGCGCGACUCAAAGCCAAAGCCAAGCGACGCCUGCGCAAGUCCUCGUCCCGCAACUCCACCAGCGAGUCUUUCUCCGAGUCAGGAGAACUGUCAGGAAGCGACCCAAACAGUCCAAAGGGCAAAGUCAACACCAAUGACCGCAAAUCCAGGACGGGAAAAGGCAGAGGCCUUCCAAAGAAAGGUGGGGCUGGUGGUAAAGGAGUCUGGGGUGCUGCUGGGAUGGUUUAUGAAGUUGAGGAGCCCGAUCUGAGGGACCCUAACUACGAUGAGGCAGCUCAGGGGGACACAGUUUAUGCAACAGUCGUGCCAGAGGUAGAUGAGAAGGAACUGGAGAAAAUGGUCAACCCAAUUGUACAGGAGUACUUUGAACAUGGAGACACAAAAGAGGUCCAGAUGUUGCUGAAGGGGCUCAACCUGGGUCCACAUAAGUACGAGUUCUCCUCCCUGGCCGUGUCCCUGUCCCUGGAAGGCAAGGCCAGCCACAGAGAGCUCACCUCCCGCCUGCUGUCUGAUCUGUCGGGCAAGAUGCUGUCACAAAGCGAGAUGGCCCGCGCCUUCGACAAGAUCCUCAAAGAACUGCCGGACCUCAUACUGGACACACCGGAGGCUCCACAGAUGUUGGGCCAGUUUGUAGCCAGAGCCAUAGCGGACCAUGUCCUUCCCAUGUCUUUCCUGGACUGUUACAAGGGAAAAGUGGACUGUGACCAUGCCAGAGUGGCUUUAGACCGUGCCGAAGUGCUGCUGACCAUGAAGAGAGAGAUGGUUCGUCUAGAUAAUGUGUGGGGCGUGGGUGGAGGCCUGAGACCUGUCAAACAUCUCGUCAAAGAGAUGAACCUCCUGCUGAAGGAGUACCUAACAUCAGGAGAUGUGUCGGAGGCGGAGCACUGUCUGCGAGACCUGGAGGUCCCGCACUUCCACCAUGAGCUCGUCUAUGAGGUUGUAGUGAUGGUGCUGGAGUCCAAAGGAGACACUGCCAGUCAUAUGAUGAUAAAGCUGCUGCAGUCCUUCUGGAAAACAGGCCUCAUCACUGUGGAUCAGAUGAACAGGGGUUUCCAGCGCGUCUAUGACGAGCUCCCAGAAAUCAGCCUUGAUGUGCCGCAUGCCCACUCUAUCAUGGAGAGCUUUGUGGACCUGUGUUUCCAGGAGGGAGUCAUCACCAAACAGCUGAGGGAUGCCUGUCCUUUCAGAGGACGGAAGCGUUUUGUCAGCGAAGGAGAUGGAGGAGCGAUCAAGAACUAAUCCACAAGACGAAGAACAGCAGGAAGAGGAGGAAGAGGAGGAGGAGGAGGAGGGGUGUCUACAGGUUCUUGCACCCUGUUCCCGCUGCAGUAUGUUUUCCCCUGAAACCGGGCAUGCUGGCAGUCUAAAGUUUCCUUGUUCCUCUCCUGAUAGUGUUGUCAUUACACAAACAAGCAUUGACGUUCGGUGAAAGUAGACUGAAGAGUCGUCCAGGCGUUCAGUUCCAUUCAUCUUGUUAAUCACUGUUUUUGACAUUUUUUGUAAGAAAAUUCUUUAAUUUUGGGGUUGAUGCUUCCCUUUCGCCUCAGUCUUUGUACCUGUUUCUCAAGAAUAAUUUGAGUCAGAGCUGCGGACAGAAAGGUGGACAGGCUCAGGAUUGUGGGAGAUGAAUUUGGGUGUUUUGUCUCUUGCUUUGCUUAAACCUGUUGCCAUGUCUCCAGUUUUUUUUUUUUUUUUUCAUGUAAAGCGCUUUAAAUGAAAAGCACUUAAAAGACAGAGCAUACUGUACAGUCAGUGAGCACUUAGUGAUUUUGCUCUACAACAAGAAUCUAAACCUUAUAUUUUCUGCCGCAAAUUAUUUGAAAAUAUUCCAAGGACAACAUGCUUUGUACCUUCUAGUUCAAGUGGUUCUAUUGAUCCUUUAUGAGCAGCGUUUAUUUUUUUUUAUUUGCAUCUUUGGUCUCGGAAGCCAAAUGUUCACUUUCUAAAGCAGAGCAGUCAAGGCAAGAAGUGUUUGGGCACUGGUUGGGUGGUUGUUUCAACUUUGCAUUGGGGCAAAUAUACUUUGGAAGCCCUUAUCUUAAAAAAGAAAAAAAAAAAAAGAAGUAAAAUAAAAAAUAAACCAGAAAUAUUUUGAGCACUCUGGCUGCUUGCAAUUAAUGAAUCUAUAGCUCAGAUGGUCAGAAAUUGAUUGUGGACAGGCCACAUUACAUUACGAAGCCAAACCUUCUGCAGAGAGCAGAAAUAAUCUGGAAGUUGUCUUCAAAUGUAUUUACCUGUCUCAUAUGUCUGUAAAAUGGCAACACCAGCUUUUCUUCAAAGACUAUGUUAAGCAUAUUCACAUAUGCAUAUUUUUUUUCUGCCACAGUUUGUAACAGUUUCAUGUUGACGAAAGAGAAAUAUGUCCCUAAGAAAUAUAUUUCAGUCAUUAAAAAAAAUAACAUAAUAAAGUUUCUGUAUUUCUUUUUUCUUGGUCAUGCCAGCAGUAUUGAUUAAAGAGUGAGCAGGAUUGAGAGGUUGGGCAGGUGUAGUGGAGAUGUACAUCAAUCACAUUUGUUGUUCAGUCAUCAGUUGUGAUCCUUAAUGUAUAUUUCAACCUUGUCUUUCACUUGUACCUGUAUCUCCUGUCAGUGUGUCUCAUCUCCCAUCUUUCUCUGUCACUAAUGGUCAGAACAGGUGUGAAAAUGUUAAUUUAAGCCUGAAGCAGUUUGAGGCCAAAGCUCUCUUGACUCUUGACCCCAUUUAUGGUACAUCUAAGAUACCUGGCUAUGUGUCAUAGCACAGCUUUAUAAUGCUUACAGUGUAAAUAAGUGGUUGAGGGAAAUUAUGUUAAAUGGUUGAUAUUCACAGGAUGCGCUCAUUCAUGCAUGCAGCUGUCCACUGUCAAAUAGAGGCUAUAAUGUUUGUUUUGUAUUCCUACAAUCAUCUUUGUACUAUUGAUUUAUUUUUGGAUCAGCAAACUGUUUAAAACACACUCCCUGACACAAGUACAUCAUUUUAUAUAUUUCAAUAAAAUUACAUAUUUCCCUCUACAA